AUGGAAGGUUGUCCUCGACUAUCUACCAUUGGUUUUGAUCCGAAAGUAUCUAUUGAAUCAGUUGAUUUAUGUGAAAAAAUUCCUAAUUAUAUUACAUCUACUUAUCAAGAAAAUGGUAAUAAAUAUUCUCAAGAAUGUGAACAAAUGAAUCGUCUUCGACAAUCUACAAUUAAUUCAUCAGCAGAUGAAAAUGGUAUUCAAUUACUUAAACGAUAUUAUUGUCAAUUACAAUUAUUACGAAAUCGUUUUCCUAUGUUACCUGAUACAGAAUGUGCUGUUCGAUUUACAUGGGAAGAUGCUUUUCAAAAAGAAGAUAAUACAUAUAAUGAUAUUCGAUUUGAAGAAGCAUGUAUUUUAUAUAAUCUUGGUGCAAUGUAUUCACGAUUAGGUGCUAAUGAACCACGAAGAACACAUGAUAGUAUUAAAAAUGCUUGUACUUAUUUUCGAUGUGCAGCUGCAUGUUUUGAAAAAGUACGUGAUCAAUAUACAACAUAUACAUCAGAUUUAACACCAGAUUUAUUAACAUGUCAAGUUCAUAUACUUUUGGCACAAGCACAUGAAGCUGUACUUGAAAAAUCUUUACUUGAUCAACGAUCACCUUCAGUAAAUGCUCAUGUAGCUAUGCAAAUAUCAGAAUAUUAUCAAAUGGCUAUUCUUAAUCUUAUGAAACCAGGAAUUAAUUCAAUUGUAUCAAAAAGAUUUCGAGUAUGUUUUUAUAAAAUUACAUUUCGAUGAAAUAACAGAAAGA